GGGAAAUGGGCCCCAAGUUUGACCUGGUGGCGACCUCCUCCCCUGACCCUGGAACAUGUAUCCAACAACACGGCGACCUUUGACCUCAACAUGGAGAAUUUGGAGAACCAUGCAAGCCAGCUGCCUCUGUUUGGCCACUUCUGCUGUCGCCUCGCCGCCCAGCCUGACUGUGCCACUCAGGAACGCAUCAGUGGCCUUGCUGUGGUGCAGGAGGAGCCCCAGCAGCAGCAUUGGUGGUGCCGGGUGCUGGGGUGGCAGCUGGAGGUGUUGGCCUAACAAGGAGGAGGCCCAGCUUUCCCUCCACCACCCUCGUUCCCUCACGGUUGACAGGAACACAGAGGUGACACAGGACGGGACACAGAUUCGAGUGAACAACCCCAGUGGCUAUGCGCGUGGGCACCUCACCCUGACACUGGAGAGCCCUGAGGAGGCGGGGGUGUGGGUGGCGUGUCUGAGGCAGCACGCCGAGGACCACAGGCUCUGGGGGGCUGCAGCAGAAGAAGAUAUGGAGAUUCUUACACCACAGCCAGCCAGACACAACUUCCUUCUCCCUCGCCGAAGUCGGUUUGCUUCCCUGUAUGAGGAGACGCCACUUAGAGCAGAUGGUUCUCCAGUAUCUGACAAGUCCUCCUUAGACGACAUCUACACCUCCUCUGGGUUCGUGAGCAAUUACUGCACACCAGCACCUUCCCUUCCCCCAAGAACCCGCGCUCUCACCCUCUCCUCUCGCGGUUCCUUCAGGCGUUGGGGGUCUGUCCGAUGCAAUAUGCCGUUUUUCAAGAGUAAGAGUUAAAUCCAGGGUGUUUUUGGGUGUCUUAGGGUGUCUGGCAGCUUUCCGAGGGGUCAGGAAGGAGGAGGAGGAGGAGAAAGCACAGGGCUGUCAGUUUGAGGGUUUGGGAAGUGUUUGGGUUUGCUAGGUUAAGUUUUUUUGGGGGUUUGUGUUGGGUGGAGGAAAGUGAUGGGAGGGAGAGAAAGAGAGGUGUUGGGGUUUUGAGAAGGAAGGAAAAAUGGUGAGAGUUUUAGAGGAGGUAAGACAGAAGUGUUGCAGGUUUUUGGAAGAGAAAGAGAGGUGUUGGGAUUUUGAGAAGGAAGGAAAAAUGGUGAGUUUUAGAGGAGGUAAGACAGAAGUGUUGCAAGUUUUUGGAGAAGGAAGAAAAAAUAAUGGAAAGUUUUCAAGAAAGUUAAAAGGAAAGAGAUUAUGGGAAUUUUGAGAGGGAAAGAAAGAAGUGUUAAAAAUUUUAGAGGAGGAAGAAAUAAGGGAAAAUUUUAGAAAAGGAAAAAGGGAAAUGAAGGAGAAAGAGAAAUUUUAGCGAAGGAAAGAAAUGGUGGAAAUUUUAGAGAAAGAAGCGUGAAGUAUUACAAAUUUUAGAGAAGGAUGAAGAAAUAAGGGAAGAAUUUUAGAAAAGGAAAAGAGAAAUGAAGGAGGAGUGAAAGAGAAAUUUUAGCGAAGGAAAGAAAUGGUGGGAAUUUUAGAGAAAGAGAAAAAUAUCCGAAAUUUGGGAGCAAGGAAGGAAAUAAAUGGUGAUGGAUUUUCAAGAAGGAAGGAGAGAAAAUGUGAGAAAACUAGAGAAUAAAGAAUAUAGAAAAAGAAGUUAAAUGUUUGAAGUAUAAUUAAAGAAGAAAUUAAUGUAGAAGAGAGAGAGUGUGAGAGAGAGAGAGAGACUGAAAAUUAGGAAGGAACAAAACUAAGAAUAAGAAGAGGAUGUAAAGAAGAAAGAAGAAAUAAAAGAAUGUUAAAAAUAUGCAUAGGGAAAGAAGAAUGUUGAAUUAGAAGGAAUAAAAUGAAGAUUGAAAUAUACAAGAAAGAAAGUGAAAGAGGAGGAAUGGAAAUUGAAAAUAAUAAUGAAGAUGCAGAAAAAGAAGAAGAGAGGAGGAAGGUAAAUAACAAAAAUGUGCCAAUUUAAAAACAAAACAAAAAAAUAAAUAAAAGAUGAUAUUUAGACAUGGAGAAAAAAUAAUAACAGAACUUGGAUGAAGAGAAAGGAGAGAUUAGCAAUAAUAAAUAAUAAUACAAACAAAACUUAGAUAGAAAAAAAAAGUAAAGAAGAAAAAUUUAUGUAUAACUUUUGGAAAACCUUAUUUUUUUUUAGUUUUCAUUUUUCUUUUUAUUUUCAUCAUAUUUUUUUUCUCCAGUUAGUCUAAGCUUUUGUGGGGUUUGUUUGUGGUUUGUUUGUUUGUUUGUUUGUGGAGAUGAGUAAGGCUUGGAGGAAGAGGAAAAAAUAGGUUUGUUUAUAAUGAGGUUGAUGGAGGAAAAGGAGGAGGAGUAAGAGGAAGAAAAAGAGGUGUCAGUAAUCAAAGAUGAGAAUUAAGAAGAUAAAAGAAGGAAGAGGAGGAGGAGGAAGAGAAGAAAAAUAAUAAAAGAAAGUUAUAAUAUUUACUUGCAUCAUUUCAUAGCAAACAAACCCUCCUCCUCCUCCUCCUCCUCCUCCUCCUCCUCCUCCUCCUCCUCCUCCUCCUCCUCCUCCUCCUCCUCCUCCUCCACCUCCACACUCGUUAGACACACGCACAAGCCUUCUGUCCAUCUGUCUGUCUGUCUGUUUGUAUCAUUCAGUCUGAUCCUCUGUUCUGAGUUAUAAGGAAAGGAAUUGGUAGAGAUAAGGACUAACUGUAUAUAUGACUGGAUUGUAUCAGAGUUUAUUUUCUCUUUUUUUUUUUUUGAGAUAUUAGAGUUUUCUUAUAGUAAUUGUAUUGUUUGUAAUAGUAAUGAUAAUAUGUGCAUACGUAGUUGGGUCAUUAUUAUUAUUAUUAUUAUUAUUAUUAUUAUUAUUAUUAUUAUUAUUAUUAUUAUUAUUAUUGAUAUAGUCUGAUUUGCUGUCAUGCGUGGACCAGUAGCUAUACAAACAUGCGUAAAUACAUGCAUACAUACAUACAUACAUAUGCCUUUGUAGAAAUAUUAUUCUUGUGGGACCAAGUGUGUGUGUGUGUGUGUGUGUGUGUGUGUGUGUGUGUGUGUGUGUGUGUGUGUGUGUGUGUGUGUGUGCGCGCGCCAGUGUUUUGUAAAUAGUGACUCACACAUUGUAAAGCUAUAUUUUCUUCUAUUAGAGAUUUCAAGGCAGCUUAGAGAGAGAGAGAGAGAGAGAGAGAGAGAGAGAGAGAGAGAGAGUAAACAAUUACAAGGCAGCUUGGAGAGAGAGAGAGAGAGUAAACAAUUACAAGGCAACCAUACUUUCCUUUAUUUUUUUAAACAACAACAAAAAAGGAAAAAAAUAAAUCCGUCGUACACUCGUACAAAUUACCGUACUUACACACACACACACACACACACACACACACACACACACACACACACACACACACACACACACACACACACCAAAAUCUAACUGACAUGACUUUCUCAAGUGACAUUUUUUUGUAACAGAGGUCAUCUUAGGUCACGAUCAUAUUAUUAUUAUUAUUAUUAUUAUUAUUAUUAUUAUUAUUAUUAUUAUUAUUAUUAUUAUUAUUUGUCACCUAUUCACUAUUUCCAUUUUUCGAGGAGUUUGUGUUGGGUUUGUAUUAUCUAUUGUAUUUCUAUCAUUCUGUCUUCUGAUUGGUCCAUAUGUCGGGUCUUUCUCCCUCGCCCCUCUCCCCCUCCUCCCCCCGGACAGGUGAUGGGGAGGGGGAGGGGAAGGAGGGGGUUCAAAUAAAAGUUUAUGAAUUGUA